AUGCAGCAGGGGGGGUGGGAGGGCAACUCUCAAAGGGCACAAGAGCGCAAGUCAAAACCUUGCAGUGCUCUUGCAGUGCUCUUGGAGUGCACGUUCUCUUCCUUUCCUUUUCUUUCGUGUAAGAUUUUGCAAUUCACAGCUCGUCAGUUGGGUGGCACGGCUCUCCGUGCCGGCGUGCCCCGGGAGAACUUCCGCGUGCUCCAUGGCCCCUCGGCCUCGGCGAUCGCCUCGGCGCCUGCUUGCGAGGUCCCCUGCCCGCCCCUGGCGCUGGGGAGCCGGCUGCAGCCAGGCUUUUGGAGCAGGAUCCUGACAGAUGAUGCGAAGGAUUUCUUGGCGGAGCAGCACCUCGACCUGCAGAUCGAGGUGGACGAGAGGCUGGAGGGCCCGGAGCAGCGCCUCUUCUACCUGAGGAACCUCAGCGAGCUGUCGAUGAAGGUGGAGGGCGCUCCGGAGGGACAUGACAGCGUCCGCUUUCCGAUGGAGGACGGCCGGUGGCAGCUGCACCACGGCGACACCGUCCUCUUGAACCUGCGCAAGGGGAGCUCCAUGUGGAUGUGUUUCCGCGAGUUCGCGGCCAAGGCGCUAAAAUCACGGGACACGUUUCUGCAACACCAGACCCCUCUUCUUGGUUGGAGUUUGUUAAAGCAUUGUUUAAAACCUUUUGUCCCGUAG